AUGACUACUAGUCGACUCGCUCUUCGUCGUGCCAUUGAUAUUGAUAGUAUUGCCCUCUCCCAACUUAGUCAGCAGACAUGGCGUGAAACUUACCUCGAAGAUUUGGCUCUGCCUAUUCCUGAACACGAUGUCGAGCACUACUUUCGUACAAACAAAAGUCCAGAAUGGUACGCGACAAAAAUUGCUGAUCCGCUAGGAGCAACGUGGGUGAUAGAAGACAAGGUCAACGAUGAGAUGGUUGCUUUCCUCAUUCUCGGUCAGAGCGAAGUGCCUCAUCCAGAAUUUUGCAUAGGUAAAGAUGGUCACAUCGAAUAUUUGUAUGUUCGACGCGAUCGACAAUCUCAAGGGAUUGGGCAACAACUUAUGAAUGUGGCGUUAUCAUGGAUGGAAGAACAGUUUCCAGCGCGACCUGUUUGGAUUACAACGUUAGCAUGCAACUUGAAGUCACAGAAAUUGUACAUGCAUUAUGGCUUUAUUAAAGUUGGCGAAUUUUACUGUAAUGUUGGCGAUACGAAGCGACAUUUCUUCAUUAUGCGCCGAAAUAAUCACCUCUCUUAG